AUUUUUAUUUUUAUUUUUAUUUUUAAGAAAAAAGAGACUAAAUUCAUUGCAGAAGAAACUAAUAGUAAUAAUAAUAAUAAUAAUAACGCUCUCUCCCAAUUUCAGAUCUACCUACACAGACAAACGCAUACAAAUCUGAAAAAUUUCACCAGCACGCCAACCAAUACAGUUUUAGCAAAUUCACCAAACUCCCUCGAAAUUUGAUUUAGAUUAAUCGGAUUUUUGAAUUAUGUGGAGCUCGAUUGAAGCUUUGAAACAAAACCUAAACAAGAUUGCACUGGAUGUACAUGACGAUGGUGAUGAAGAGGAGCUUGAGAUCUAUGCCUCCAUCAAUGACGGCGAUUACUCUGAUCGAAGAAAUUCUCACAGUUUUGCUCAUUCUAAGCCGGCUUUGCGCUCUCCAAUAGCCAAUGGAAUUGACUCGUCUUUUCAUUCUGAGAUUGAACAGUACAAAGCAGAAAUUAGGAGGCUUCAAGAAUCUGAAUCAGAAAUUAAAGCAUUAUCAGUUAAUUAUGCGGCUUUAUUAAAGGAGAAAGAGGAUCAAAUUUCUAGAUUGAACCAAGAAAAUGGCUCAUUGAAGCACAAUUUGGAUGCAACAGAGGAAGCUCUGAAUGUUUCCAGAAGUGAGAAUCCAAAGGCAUCAACAAAUAACACCCAUGUUAUUAAGGGAGCUGUUGAUCAAUCACCCAACCAACAGCAUAAAUCUGCAACUCAAGCAAAAAGCCGUAAUGUUGGAAACCAAAUGCAGAAUGGUGUUUUCUCAAAGCAGGAGGGAGUAGGCAAUGGAAUUAUACGUUCUGAUCAAGCUGAUGCCAUUCAUCAGGGGAAGGAAAAGGAGCUUGCAGAUUUGCUAGAGGAGAAAAAUAGAUUGGUGGCAGCAAUGCAAGCUACUCAUGAGUUACAAAUAAAACAGCUUAGAUUGGAACUUGAAAAGGAACGUGAUAAAGUAACAAAUGUACAGAUAAAGUUACAAGAAGAACAUAAGUUGAAUGAAUCUUUUCAGGAGCAGGUCAGGACGCUAAAGAUGGGUGAAUCCAAAACUUCUAUGGAGAUGAGUAAAAUACGCAACGAGUUGAACGAGAAAAUAUCAGAGAUAAGACGACUGCAAAUUAUAUUAAGUAGAAGAGAAGAUGAAAAUGCUGAUGAUACUGUGAAGGGUUUGAAAAGGGUACUUGCCACAUUAGAGAAGGAGAACGCUAACCUUAAGAUAGCGAAGAAUGAACUUGAGGCUGCUUUGGAAACGAGCAGAAAUGCUUCACCUGGCGAAACAUCCCUGGAUGGGAAGGUAGACCCAUCUGGAAGUUUCAACGCAAAGGAAAUGGAGUCAUCAUUGCAAAAAUUGGAGAAAGAAUUGAAGGAGACCCGCCAUGAAAGGGAUAAAGCAUUGCAAGAAUUGUCUCGGCUUAAGCAGCAUUUAUUAGAUAAGGAAAAUGAAGAAUCAGAGAAAAUGGACGAGGACAGUAAAAUCAUUGAAGAACUUCGUGAGAAUAAUGAGUAUCAGAAGGCUCAAGUAUUACAUUUGGAGAAAGCGCUGAAGCAGGCCAUUGCAAAUCAGGAGGAAGUCAGGAUGAUUAACAACAAUGAAAUCCAGAAGUCCAAGGAAAUAAUUGAAGAUUUGAAUAAGAAACUAGCAAAUUGUAUGAGCAUUAUAGAUUCAAAAAAUGUUGAGCUUCUAAAUCUUCAAACUGCAUUGGGUCAGUACUUUGCUGAAAUUGAAGCUAAGGAACAAUUGGAGCGGAACUUGGCUUUAGCAAGAGAAGAAACAGCUAAACUUUCAGAGCUUUUGAAAGAUGCAGAGCAAGGAACAGAGGCAUUAAAGAAAGAAAAAGAAAAAAUUUUAGCCAAGCUUUCACAUAAUGAAAGGACACUAGCAGAAGGGAAAAAUAGAGUAAACAAGCUUGAGGAAGACAAUGCAAAAUUGCGUCGUGUUCUUGAGCAGAGCAUGAGCAGGCUCAAUAGAAUGUCCGUGGAUUCUGAUUUUCUAGUUGACAGGCGCAUUGUGAUCAAAUUACUAGUGACCUACUUCCAGAGGAACCACAGCAAAGAGGUUCUGGAUCUCAUGGUUCGCAUGCUUGGAUUCUCUAAUGAAGACAAGCAGAGGAUAGGUAUUGCUCAACAAGGUGGCAGAGGUGUUGUUCGGGGAGUCUUGGGGCUGCCCGGCCGCCUAGUUGGUGGAAUCUUGGGAGGAAGUUCAUCUGAUGCACAUGCAAAUGCAGCAUCUGAGAACCAGUCCUUUGCAGAUUUGUGGGUUGAUUUUCUUCUCAAGCAAACUGAAGAAAGGGAAAGGAGGGAAUCUGCAGAAAAUAGAGGUGGACUCAUGGAGGAUUCGCAAGGACAAAGUCCUAUUUCAGGUUCACCAACCCCACCUUCAAUACCUAAUACAGCAGGUACUAUAUCUGGCAUAUCGAGACCAAAAUUUUCUCCGACCCCGGACUAUAGUCCCCUCCCUGUUCAAGGAAAUUUACGGCCAUUUGAACACUCUGAUUCUGAGUUCUCGACGGUUCCUUUAACAUCCUCGGAUAGCACUUCUCGGAUUUCAAGAUUACUGAAACAUUGAAAAUAUGUCUAAAUUGUGUGUAAUUAGGCAAAGUAACAGAUUUUUUUCAUUGAUGCUGUAGCUUGCGAUCUUGUUCAUUAAUUCGUUCAUAUCAAAAUUAGAGAUA